AAAGAAAACGGACUUCAGGUCAGAGAGGGUAUAUAAAUGUCCAUGCUGCGGCCCCGCCUGACUCGAGACGCGCCUGUGUGUCCCCUGCCUUCCACGCUCACCGCUGCAGACAGGGGAUUGACCGGUCACUCCUGGGACACCCUGGUCAAGGGGGCCUGAAGUCACCUCGUGAAGGAGGCCAGGGAGGCGCUUGGAUCUCAGAUCUUUCCCACCCGCCCCAACAUGUGCACGGGCUCCUGUGCCAAGUGCCUGGGCUGGGCCCUCAUCCCCCUGGCCGUGGGCGGCUUCCUGGCAAACGUCCUCCUGUUCUUCCCGGGAGGAAAGGCGCUGGACAAUAAGGACCACCUGUCCGAUGAGGUCUGGUACUUCGGAGGCAUCUUGGGGAGUGGGGUGCUGAUGAUCUUCCCGGCACUGGUCUUCCUGGGUCUGAAGAACAAUGACUGCUGUGGCUGCUGCGGGAACGAGAGCUGCGGGAAGCGCUUCGCGAUGCUCUCCUCCACCCUGUUCGCUGUGACCGGCUUCCUGGGCGCUGGAUACUCCUUCGCCGUCUCCGCCGUGGGCAUCAACAGGGGCCCACGGUGCCUCCUGCAGGACAACAGCUGGGGCUACCCCUUCAGCGGCGGGGACUACCUCACUGACAAGAACUUGUGGAAACUGUGCCAGGGACCUCAGGACAUCAUCCCCUGGAACCUGACCCUCUUCUCCAUCCUGCUGGUCAUCGGGGGCGUCCAGAUGUUCCUCUGCGCCAUCCAGGUGGUCAAUGGCCUCCUGGGCACCCUGUGUGGAGACUGUGGCUGUUGCGGCUGCUGCGGGGGAGAUGGACCCGUUUAAGCCACAAACAGCUGCCCAGGGGCUGGUGCGCCCUCCUCUGGGGCUGCCGGCGAGGCCAGUGGGAGGCCGGACUCUCCUUCUCCUGCCCAAGGCGUUCAGCGACACUAACGUCCUGUUCCUUUCCAGUAAAAAACAAAAAUAGUGUGGUCACGUAGGCAGAAACGGCUAAGACUCUGUGGGAUGAGCUUCUGUUUAGAAACGAAGAGCAGAGGUUUCAGCAAACUUCCUUGUGUUUCCCUCCGAGCGGGAAGACUCCCGGUCACAUGUAUCUGUGCCUCUUUGUAAAUAAAGAUGUUUAUAUCUUUGCGAGUUCUACCUAACACGGGGAAAGAAAGCACAUUAAAAGUGAGAAACUGA